GGAUAAAAUUAUUGUGAGUUUACAUUCAUAUUUGUGUGUGUAGCAUAGCUUCUAAAAACGGUUUUGUACGAAUGAACAGGUAACAUGGUUAGAAUGAACAACCCGGUAGGUGGCGACAAAACCUUGUUUACGUCUAUGUGUUUGCACUGAUUGGUCGUUGAGAAGUUCGUUGAAUAAAGGGGGCGGUGCUUCACCCUCCGAGCCAUAUAAAAUCCCACGGUUGUAUUUUUGGACUCGGCCUGAUCAGUCCAUGGACUAUAAAGUUUGAAUGUCUAGUUUUCAUGUAAGGUGUAAGUGCAUCGAUAGAUUGAACUGCUAUAGGACAAGUAUUGCAAACAUACAGAGAAAUAAAAAUGCUUUGCCAUAUAACGCGCCCGGACUCGGUGGUGAUGGAGGUGGAUGUUGAUUCGAAGGCUAACGGAGAGGACUGUUUACACAAGGUCUGUCGGAAACUGGGAAUAAUAGAGGUGGAUUACUUUGGGCUUCAGUUCUGUGGAAGCAAAGGGGAGAGUUUGUGGUUGAAUCUCCGGAACAGGAUCUCACAACAGAUGGAUAACCUGGCUCCCUGCAGACUGAAGCUCAGAGUCAAGUUCUUUGUGGAACCCCAUCUGACCCUGCAAGAACAGACAAGACAUAUGUUCUUCCUGCACAUAAAGGAGGAGCUGGACAGUGGCAGCCUGCAGAUGGAGGCUGAGCAGGCCAAGGAGCUGUGUGCCCUCCUAGCCCAGGCUGAGUACGGAGACUACAACCAGAACACAGCCAAGUACUGCUCCAGCCAGAUCUUCAGACAGGAGCCUGACCUGGCAACCAUCAACAGCAUCCAGGAGAAGCACCGUGAGCUAGAGGGUCUGAGCCAGGCGUCUGCAGAGUACCAGGCUCUACAGCUGGUGUCCUCCCUGGAGAACUACGGGGUGGAGUGGCACUGGGCCAGGGACUCAGAGGGACAGAGGCUGGCUAUAGGGGUCGGCCCUGAAGGGGUAUCCAUCUGUCAGGAGGACUUCAGCCCCAUCAACAGGAUCAUUUAUCCCAUCAUCCAGAUGGCCACCCAGUCAGGGAAGAAUGUGUACAUGACCAUCACUAAGGACAGUGGUGAGGAUGUGGUCCUGCUGUUUAAGAUGACAAGCACCAGAGCUGCCAGCGGCCUGUACCGGGCCAUCACAGAGACCCACGCCUUCUUCAGGUGUGACACGGUGACGAAUGACGUGAUGAUGCAGUACAGCCGUGACUUCAAGGGUCACCUGGCGUCUCUCUUCCUCAACGAGAACAUCGACCUGGGCAAAAAGUAUGUCUUCGACAUCCGACGCACCUCCAAGGAGGUCUACGACCACUGCCGCAGGGCGCUCUACAACGCCGGCAUGGGAGGGGACUGUGUGUCCGGCCAGCGGAGCCCGGCGCGGUCCCCUGGGGUGGGGGAAGGAGGCUGUGAGGGAUGCCAGAGGGGCCGGGUUCUGGAGGAGAAGCUGCAGCAGCUCCAGGAUGCUCUGCUGUGUAUGCUGUGCUGUGAAGAGGAGAUGGACGCUGCCUUCUGCCCCUGUGGACACAUGGUGUGCUGCCACAACUGUGCCGUCCAGCUAGAGGUGUGCCCGGUGUGUCGGUCAGAGGUGGACCAUGUCCAGCACAUCUACCUGCCCACCUGUGCCAACCUGCUGUCCCUGGCAGUGAGCAGUGCUGCCCCCUUCAAUAUUCCCAGAGACCUGGCCACUCACCUCUGCUCCUCCAGAGAGUUCUACACCAGCACAGACAAGAUCUGUCACACGUAGAUUUACUACCAGUUAGGGUUGGAAAAGUUGGCUUAACAUUCCCAGGUUUUCCUAAAUGUUUUGGAUUUCCUGUUUAUUCCCUCCUACUUCCUAUAUAUAUGACUGCAUACAGUAGUAUUACUGUAGUAGUAUACCAGUGGUAUUACUGUGGCAGUAUUCAUGGGUUGCACCUCCGUCACUUGGUCGUGUUGUUGCCAUUGUUAUCGAUGUUCUAAAGACUCUGCAGCCAUAUUGAUGCUCAAAAGUAAAACCGUGGCUAUUGACUUUGUCGUCUAAAUUACACUAAGGGCUUGGAGUACUAUGACAUUGCUGAAGGUAGGCACAUAUUUAGUAGGAAACAACUUUGCCAUCAUGUCGUCAAAUUUACUUUAGACAGAUAGCAAUGUUGUCAUUAGCUAGCAAGUUUCGUUCAAAAUAGCUAUCAUUGCUAAUGUUAGCUAGCUAAAAUCUGGAGAUCUCCCCUCAGUCUUAGCUAGCUGGCUAACGUUAUACUGCAUCUAAAGUUAAUCCGGCGACAUCAAAAGGAUGAAAAAAGGUUUUCCUACUAAUUAUUUUCCGCCUUUAGAAAUGUCAUCGUGUUUUCAAGCCACAGUAAUAAACUUUAGACCGAAUCUUCAUCCCUCAAUGAGGAUGCAUUGAGUAGAAUGUUCAGUUGGGCAUCAGUCCUAAAACUAACCUUCAAAACAAUAUUGUGAAGCAACGUGCAAACCAUAAGUACCAGUAACGUAAACUCCCCCCAUUCCGUACAAAUGUGCGUAACAGCGACAUUCAAACGAGGCUACAAAGAAAACUAAUGGGACUGUAGCGACUGUGUUGACUUCAAAAUCUGGGGUGUGAACUAGGUUUCUAUUCAAGCGUUGAUCGACAUAGUAAUGGUUCUAUAGUAUUGGAGAAAAGUUGAAAAAACGGACCCUCCGUUACAUCGUGAUGUGUCAUGUCGUAAUGUACAGCACGCAUAAAGCAACUAUUUCUGUCUUACAAUCUCUCUCCACCAGGUGGAGCACUUCUCUCAUCGUUUAAAAACAAGAAAUGGACAGUGACAGGGGUAAGGGGGAUACCUAGUCAUUUUUUGCGUCAUCAUUGCAUGCGAUCAUCAUUCUCAAAGCCGCUGUUUACUUCUAAGAUCACUUUAGCACCGCCCUAAAAACCCAAUUUAAAAUUCUACACAAACCUUCAAAUAGGUAUGUAAUGACACAUUAUAUAAACUCUUUAUAGUGUUUUAUUUACAUUUUAGAGGCGAUAAGGUGAUAAGUUGGACAGAUCGAGUGAAAAAAAGCAAUUUUCCCACACAAUAUCUCUCCUUCUCACUAUCACGCAUUAGUUUCGCUUCCCCACCCGCCAUUUUUAAAAAGACACGACGGGGCUCAUUGCCUGCUUGAAUUAUGCAGAAACGUGCAGCGUUUAGGUCAUGUAAUUGAUUCUGUUGGAAAGGGGAGAAAUUGUGCUCUACAAUGGUAUUGACAUUACAGUUGAUCUGGAAGUAUUACGUUUUUAGGGCGCUAAAAUAUGGGCAAUUGUACGGACCACAGUGAUGUACGAGUUUACAUGAGUUUACGUUAGUAGUGCUGUAGUAGUUGUAUACCAGGGGUAGUGCUGCAGUAGGACUAUACCAGGGGUACUAUACCAGUAGUUGUAUAUCAGGGGUAGUGCUGUAGUAGUUGUAUACCAGGAGUAGUGCUGUAGUAGUAGUAUACCAGUAGUAGUGCAGUAGUAGUAUACCAGGGGUAGUGCUGCAGUAGUAGUAUACCAGUAGUAGUGCAGUAGUAGUAUACCAGUAGUAGUGCUGUAGUAGUAGUAUACCAGUAGUAGUGCUGUAGUAGUAGUAUACCAGUAGUAGUGCAGUAGUUGUAUACCAGGGGUAGUGCUGCAGUAGCACUAUACCAGGGGUACUAUACCAGUAGUUGUAUAUCAGGGGUAGUGCUGUAGUAGUAUACCAGUAGUAGUGCUGUAGUAGUAUACCAGUAGUAGUGCUGCAGUAGUUGUAUACCAGGGGUAGUGCUGUAGUAGUAGACCAGUAGUAGUGCUGCAGUAGUUGUAUACCAUGGGUAGUAUACCAGUAGUUGUAUACCAGUAGUUGUAUAUCAGGGGUAGUGCUGUAGUAGUAUACCAGUAGUAGUGCUGUAGUAGUUGUAUACCAGGGGUAGUGUUCUAGUAGUGUACCAGUAGUAGUGCUGCAGUAGUUGUAUACCAGGGGUAGUAUACCAGUAGUGUAGUAGUACUGCAGUAUUGGUGUAGUAGUAGUAGUAGUGUGAGGUGCUAUAUGUCUGCAUACAGUAGCAUUCUGAACAUUAAUUUCUCUGGCAACAUCUCUGGUGGACAUUCCUGCAAUCAGCAUGCCAAUUGCACGCUCCCUCAACUUGAGACAUCUAUGGCAUUGUGUUGUGUGACAACUGCACAUUUUAGAGCGAUCUUUUAUUGUCCCCAGCACAAGGUGCACCUGUGUAAUGAGUGUGCUGUUUAAUCAGCUUCUUGAUAUGCCAGCUUCUUGAUUAUCUUGGCACAGGGGAAAUGCUCACUAACAGGGAUGUAAACAAAUUUGUGCACAAUUUGAGAGAAAUAAGCUUUUUGUUCAAUUUAUGUAUACUUUACACUCCAUUGUAUUUUGAUAUCUUUAUCUCUGCCAUAUACAAAUGGUAUAUCAGCAAAAUGUGAUGUCUCUGACCAUAGUGUUGAAAUAGUCAUUACAUUAGACUAGAAGAGUGUACCAGACCAGUUAAAUAGUCUUUAUUUUAUUUUUUUAUCAGGGCCCAUAGGGCUGUAAUGAAGUAGUGCACUAUAUAGGGUGUCAGUUGGGAUGGAUGUUCCCACUGUCUUCCACAGAUGAGUUACUCAAUUUAUCUUCUGACCUGCAGCGAGUUCAAAAAAUGUACCAUACCAGGCCUGUUACCAGUUUACAGAAGUCACAUUAUUGCUUCUCAUACCACCCGGCAUCCCACUGCUGGCUUGCUCUGAAUCUAAGCAUGGUUUGUCCCUGGAUGCUGCUGGAAGUGGUGUUGGAGGGCCAUUAGGAGGCACCCUUUCCUCUGCUCUAAAAAAAAUAUCCCAAUGACCCAGGACAGUGUUUGGGGACAUUGCCCUGUGUAGCGUGUCGUCUUUUGGAUGGGACGUUAAACGGGUGUCCUGACUCUCUGUGGUCACUAAAGAUCCCAUGGCACUUAUUGUUAGAGUAGGGGUGUUAACCCCGGUGUCCUGGCUAAAUUCCCAAUCUGGCCCUCAUACCAUCAUGGCCACCUAAUCAUCCCCAGCUGCCAAUUGGCUCAUACAUCCCCCCCUCCUCUCCCCCGUAACUAUUCCCCAGGUCGUUGCUGCAAAUGAGAAAAUGUUCUCAGUCAACUUACCUGGUAAAAUAAGGGUUAAAUGAAAUGGAGAAGAAUUCUCUACCAAAGGUCUUCAUUUCUUUUUAAAUAGCUAUUUACACUAUGUACCUGAACAAUGGAUUUCAAUUUGUUGAUCAAAGAUUUAUUUAGUUAAGGUUCUGUUCUGUAUUUAAAGCUAUGUUUUAAUGAGUUGAAAUUAAACCAAGCUUUCAUAUUUAUUUUCAAGUAUUAAUAAAAUAUUUUUUUUGUACUUAAUG